AUGGAUGAAAAUGACGCAAUAGUAGAGAGAGUGCAACACACGCGCUCUCCGAAAUCAUCAUCACCUCGUUCCUCCGUCACCGACGACGAAAAACUCGUCUCCGGUAUCAGCACAAUCCUCGUCGCUUCAAUUCAAGAAGCCAAAGAUAAAAUCUCUCAAAUUGAAUACGUUUUCUGUACUCAACUCUACCCUAAUUUCCAAUCAAUUUCAAAAAACUCCGACGCAAAACGACGCCGUAUAGUGGAACUCGAGCGCGAAGUCGACGAAGGCAUGGUCCUGCAGAAAAACCUCGUAGACCUAAUUCGUUCGAAAGAAUCGUUACUAAAAUCGUGCGAAGAGAAGCGAAAAACAGCGAUCGCGAAAUUGGAGAGCUGUGAGAGUGAAAACAUGAAGUUGUUAGGGAAAAUCGUUGAUUUGGAGGAGAGAUUAGGGAUGAAAACGAAAGAUGUUGAGGAAAUGGAAUCGAAAUUGAAGAGUGUUGAAAAUGAGGGUUUGUGUAAGAAGCUUGUUGAACAAGUGGAAUUGUUGACUUGUGAGGUUCGGGAUGAGAAAUUGAAGAGGAAUCGUUUGAAUGAAGCGUAUAAGAGACUUAAAUCUCAACAUAUUUACCUUCGUCAAAAGGUUGGUCUCAAUGAGGAAAAUAUGAUUCGUGAAAGCAAAUUUGUGAGUGAGAGUGAUUUGGCUAAGGAUCAGAGUCCAAUUAUAGAACCUGGUGUUGCAUUUGAAGACCGUAAUAUUGCUAUGGAUGCUUGUAUUAAUGCUAAAGUAAAUAUUGAAAUCCCAGAGGAAGAUUUUGGAGGCCUUGAGAAGAGAAGUCCUGAAGUUUUCGUUGCUGCAUGUGAUACAAAUGAUGUGAAGGAGAAGGCAUUGGAGGAUGACAAAGGAGCCAGUUCGUGUCGUCCUCCUUCUUCAGGUUUCCGUGGUGUCCCAAAAUCUGUGUCUGGUACAAAGCGGCCUGCACCUUUGUGGAGACAAACCCGGUCUCAUCAAAGUCGAGCAGGCCAUGACCUUCAUGACGACUUUCUUGAUACUCCUCUUGAAAAUAUUAGAGAGAAUUUAAUAAAUAAGGAUUUGAAUAAGGAAGACCUCGCGAACCCAAUUCAGAACGACAUUGGCUUGAACAGCUCAGAUGACGAAACACAGGAUUUGAAUGCCAAAAGCAGUCCCCAGAAGAAGCAGUCUUCGAUUACAGUGGCCAUUAAAAAGAGUUUCAAGUACAUUGAGCCAGUGAGAAAGAAGGCUGAGCGCGAAAAUUUAAAAGGAGUUGACUGCAAACAAUGCAGGAAGUUCUAUGAAGCUGUUCUUCCUAAUGCUGAUGGUAAGGACCCUAAUAGCAAUAAGCAAAAUAUUCGUUGUGAGCAUCAUGAUGGUGUUUCUAGGCAUCGGUAUAGGUAUGUUCCUCCAAUGACUCCUGAAGGAUUUUGGAAUAUUGGAUUUGAAUCUGAAUUAUAAGGAUAAAUUUUAGCCUGAUUAGAUUACUGUUCGAUUGAUAAAUGGAUUCAAUAUUCAAUUAACUUUUGCCAACUUUGAGUUUAUUGGUAAAUUUAGGAAGGGGUUUUUUCAAUCCUGGCCAUAAGAUAUUUUAUUGACUGAUAUAUGGAUUAUGUCAUAAUGUCGAGAUGCAGUAAUUUUUCUUGUUA